AUGGUGAAAGCAAGAAUAGUUAAGUACCUAAUAAUUUUUGUGUUCAACAAAGGUGAUUCAUUCUUAAUCGAUUUGAUCUAUUUUUAUUUGAAAAGCUGCAAAGGGUGUUUCUUAACAAUGGUACCUGAACGACAGAAACACGGGCAAAGCGAAUUUCAGCUGCCGCCGAAUAACGAUGGUGAGAGAAUUGUUGUAUCCGGAAUGUCCGGUCUCUUUCCGAAGUCAAUCUCUGUCCAGGAGUUUUCUGAUAUAUUAUACAAUAAGAUAAACCCCAUAUCAACUGAUGAUCAACGUUUUACCUUAAAUCAUCCAGAGCUGGUGCCCUAUACUGCCAAUGUUCCUGAUGUCAACCAGUUUGAUGCUCAAUUCUUUAAAGUGCACUUCCGUCAGGCAAAUAUCAUGGACCCAAUGUCGAGAAAGAUCUUAGAACAAGCAUACCAAGCUAUUUACGAUGCCGGUUUAAAUCCCGAGGAGCUAUCGGGAACUAAUGUAGGAGUUUUCGUAGGAGCAUGUUUUUCUGAAACAGACAAAUCCAGUGUGUACGAUGGCAAAGCAGUAACUGGUUUUGGUGUAACUGGAUGCUGUAAAUCUAUGUUCGCUAAUCGUGUUUCAUACUGGCUAAACGGCAAGGGUCCAUCAGCCGCGAUUGAUUCAUUAUGCUGUAGUUCUAUCAGUGCAUUAGAACAAGCGUACCUGGCUAUGAUGCAAGGGAGAUGCGACUGCUCAAUUGUUGCUGGAUCAUAUUUGUGUUUACAUCCGCAAUCGGCAAUAAAUUUAGCAAGAGUAGUACCAAUGAGCAGAGAUGGUAAAACUUUCUCUUUCGACGAACGUGCUCAAGGAUGUGCUAGGUCAGAGGCAAUCAAUGUUUUAUUUCUGCAAAAGGCCAAAAAUGCUCUGAGAAUAUACGCCGAUGUCUUGCAUGUUAAAUCUGAGUAUGUAGGUAUGAUAAAAGAAAGUACGAGUCCAAAGUUUGGAUUCUAUAGAGACCUGAAUAAUACAAUUGAUUUCCUUAAAACGUUUUAUAAAGAGGCUGGAAUAUCCGCAGACGCUAUUGAAUACUUUGAAGCUUUUGGUUGUGCGACCCCUGAGGUAGAUAAAGUAGAACUACAAGCCAUUCAAGAAUUAUUCUGUAAGAAUAGAGAUAAUAAGCCUUUAUUGAUCGGCAGUGUCAUGUCUAAUAUUGGGUAUGGAGAGGCUGCUUCUGGCUUAUCUGCCAUCACAAAGGUGUUGUUAGGUUAUCACAAUGGCAAAUUAGCAGCAAAUCUGCAUUGCGAACAACCACGCAAAGAUAUUGAAGCAUUACACGACGGGCGCAUGCGCAUCCUCGACGAGCACCAAACAUUUGAUCGCUCUUACGUCGCUGUCAAUGGCCUGUCUGUUACUGGAGUCAACUCACAUGUGUUGCUGCAUGGACAUUAUAAACCAAAGGAUCUUAGUCGCUAUAAGACCAGUAUACCACACCUAGUGACUGUAACUGGUAGACACGAAGAAGCAGUGAAAUGGCUACAUCAAAACUUAAAAUCGAACCCUGUAGAUGAUGAGCAGUUGGCGUUAUUGCGUAAUAUACAUAAAAGAAAUAUAGCGGGACAUGUGGGCAGGGGAUACAUUAUUCUUCAGGCAGAUGAGGAACAAAAAACGGUAAUUUUGAGAGAGAAGACUGACUACGCUGAUCUCUCCAGACGUCCAUUAUGGUUCGUUUAUAGUGGCAUGGGCUCGCAGUGGGCCGGGAUGGGUACGCAACUCAUGCGCAUACCCAUCUUUGUAGCUGCUAUAGAACGAUGCCGCCAAGCUUUAAAACCAACAGGACUUGAUAUUGUUGAGAUAAUAACAUCCCCAGAUGAAACCAUAUUUAACAAUAUUCUACAUUCAUUUGUGGGAAUUGCUGCUGUUCAAAUUGGACUCACUGACAUUCUUCAUGCAAUGGGAUUAAAGCCAGACGGAAUCAUUGGUCACAGUGUGGGCGAGUUGGGUUGCGCGUACGCAGACGGUUGUUUGACUGCAGAGGAAAUGAUACUCUCUGCAUAUUAUCGCGGGAUGGUGUCGCUGGAAACCAAGUUCAUACAUGGUUCUAUGGCAGCUGUUGGAGUCGGCUAUAAGCAGAUUUCACAAAUGUGUCCACCAGAGAUAGAAGUGGCGUGCCGUAACGGCCCAGACUCAAGUACUAUUUCUGGGCCAUCAGAUGUUAUGCGCGAAUUCGUUGCAAAGCUAACAGCCGACGGAAUCUUUGCUAAAGAAGUGCCGUGCUCCAAUAUUGCAUACCACUCACGUUACAUAGCCGAUGCCGGACCGGGAUUGUUAAAAUACUUACAAAAGGCCAUUCCUAACCCUAAAGUCCGGAGUAAGCGUUGGCUGUCCACCUCCGUACCAGAAGCUCGAUGGAACGAGCCCAUCGCCGAGCUUUGCUCUGCCGAGUACCUCACAAACAAUUUGUUGAGUCCAGUGCUGUUUGAAGAAACUUCGCUCUUAGUGCCGAGUGAGGCUGUGCUAGUAGAAAUCGCCCCGCAUGGGUUACUACAAGCUAUUCUAACUCGUUCUUUACGUUCCUGUAAAAGUAUUCCAUUGACAAAACGGAAGCAUCCUGACAAUACACUAUUUUUGCUCGAAGCUAUCGGAAAGUUGCAUAUGGAAGGGUUCAACUUUGACGUUCAGGCUUUGUAUCCCAAAGUUGAGAUGCCUGUUUCUACUGGUACACCUUUCUUAUCUCACUUAGUAAAAUGGGCUCAUAAUGAACGAUGGCCACUGUCCAUUCAUUGCUUGGCGAACAAGAGACAAGGUGCAAACUGCGAUUUUAUUUUAGCUUUACAUGAUCAGGAAUAUUCUUAUGUACGAGGACAUACAAUAAGAGGUGAUACCUUGUUUCCGUUAGCUGCUAGUUUAAUGCUAGUGUGGGAUACACUUUCUAUGGUAAUGGGUGUACCAAAGAGGCAAAUGUCUGUUGAGUUCCAAAAUAUCAAAUCUUAUGCACAACCGGUCCUGCAUGACGGAAGACAACUCAAACUUAGUGUGACCAUACACAGGGGGGAAGGAGGCUUUGAGAUUUUAGAUGGCAUUUCUAGAGUUGCAACUGGAUACAUUAAACCCCUGCUACGAGAUAGAGAUUAUUCUUAUGGAGGUGAAUUUCAAUCUAUUGAUUGCGCUGACGAGUCCCUGAGCGAAGCCAUGAUAGAGUGGCGUGACAAUUGGGUCACUUUCAUUGAUGGUAUGCUGCAGCUGAACAUGCUGCGACAACAACAUAACGCUGUCUCACAUCCUACGCGCAUCCAGAAACUACAUAUUGACGUCAAAGAACAUACUCAAACACUUGUUACUCUACCAAAAUUAGACGGCAAAGUUUUAGUUAGGGCUGAAGUUCUAGAAAAAUCUGAUUUGACUAGGUGCGGAGGAGUUGUAUUGCAAGCCAUUAAAUAUCAACACUUGCCCCCGGUUAAUGAUACAAAAAUGACAUUAAAAACACUGACGUUUGUGCCCCAUUUCAAAUCAAAGUUAGAUGUCCAUUAUGCAGGGAUUACUAGUAAUGAUAUAAAACACGCCAACGGUUCACUAUUCUCUGCACAAAAUGUUAAAACAUACGGAAUGGAUUUCAGCGGGAUUACAGAGAGGGGUCAACCUGUAAUGGGGGUAGUGCGCAGUGGUGCGGCAAGCAAUCAGGUCCGAGCGCAGCCAGAACUUCUGUGGCCAGUGCCGGCACAUUGGAGUUUAGAAGAUGCAGCCACCGUACCCCUAGCAUAUUUACAAGCAUUUUACUGCCUCGGAAUAAAGGUGCAACUACUCCGUGGAAGAACAGUGUUGGUGCACGGAGGGGCAGGUGCUUUAGGUCAAGCGAUAAUAUCGAUUGCAUUGGCUCAUGAUUGUGAAGUAUUUACCACUGUCAGUGAUAUACAUAAAAAACAAUUCUUACUGAAAUUGUUCCCACAACUAAAAGCUGACCAUAUUGGAAAGUCGCGUGAUAUUGCCUUUAUAGAUACUCUUCGACAAACUGUAGGGGAAAAAAAAUGUGAUAUUAUUAUAAGCUCCGCUAAAGGAAGUGUUAAAGAUAUUACUCUUAAAUGUAGUGCAUUUGGAGGUAUAUUUUUAGACACCUCACAAAUUCAAAACCGAGAAGAUUAUGAUUUCGGAAUGAGUAACUUAUGGGAAUCGAGGACAUACUCUCGCGUUGAUUUUUCUUCAAUGUUAGAACCUGAAAAUGUAGACAAUAUUAGUGUCAUAAACAAAAUGAUAAGCGAAGGUAUUGCACGCGGAUACGUUCGUCCACUGUCUCGAAUAACGUAUGCGACAGGCGAAGUCGCACGUGCCUUCAGGUUCCUGGCUGAAAACUCACAUAGAGGCCGUGUUUUACUGCGUAUGAAAGAUAACACUAUACAAGCACAAUACAGAUUAAAAUGUAGUCCAGAUCACUGUUACCUGAUACUGUGUAACAGCACGUCAUUUGGAGUACAACUAGCCGAUAGACUUGUCGCUAAAGGUGUGAAGCUACUCUACGUCCAUGUUCAGAAGCAAUCGUCUUACUUACAAUAUAAAAUUCGGUCUUGGCAAGAGUUGGGAGUCAAAGUUGGUAUAUCUUCGGAACGUUUGAAUAGUCAGAAAGCUGUAGCUUCUUUGUUAACUAAUGCUACGCGCUUGGGUCCUCUAGAAGGUGUUUAUGUGACAACAGACGACAAUAAUAAUGACAUUUAUUCAAGUCUGAUAAGUGAUUUGGAUGUGGAGACAAAAAACAUUAGUUGCGACUUAAAACACUUCGUAGUUGUGUACUUUAGGGACAAUUCUAUUGAGAAGGAUGUGUGUCUGAACAGAAUUUACAAUCAACUACCAGCAACGGUGGUCACGCUGCCUGAACUCAAAAGUGAAUCAUACAACAGCUAUCCAAAAUGGCGGAGUGCGAUGGACGCUUUAGAAAGCGCGUUACAACAUACUCGCGGUGUCAUCCUAGCACAUCUAGAGCGUGGACCGAAACCCUCUUUACUUAAACAAAUUGAAUCUCUGACUGGAUUAAGCAUACCAGAAAACACUCCAAAGACAACGACUCUAGAACAAUUGGGUAUUGGAAAUAAUAAAUUGCAAUCACUCUGUGCAUUCUUGCGGGUUCAGUAUAACCUUGGACUUGAUGAAGAACAGGUGUCUUCGUUAACUAUAGAACAAUUGUUGCAAGAGGAACGGAAAGUAAAAGAUUUUGGUUUUAAAGACACAAAAGGUUUAUAUACUUUCUUCAAUUACGUAGACCCAGACGAAAUUCAAGCAACUGUGGAUAUGAUGUACUUGCCAACACUCGCUAAAGGUGCGGCUUUGAGAGAUGACGACCAUGAACCCAGUAAGGUCAACUUGUGCAUAGUGCCAGGAAUAGAAGGCCAUUAUAAUCGGUUCCGCGUUCUUUGUGAGCGGCUUAAGUUACCCGCACUAGUAUUGCAGCCCGGACUGGACCAUCCCUAUGAAACUGUGCGAGAAACGGCGGAAAGAUUUGUAAAGGUUUAUUUGAAAAAAAUUGAAAUGGACGACACAUUCCAUCUUUUGGGCUAUGAGUCUGGCGUUGCCGUUGCUCUGGAAAUGGCUGCAAUACUAGAAGAUCGCGGAUUAACUGGCAAGGUAUUUUGUGUCGGAUGUGCACCGCACGAGUUACCAGAUGAACUUAGCAUUCAACUGGCGGAAUUUGAAAAUGAAGAUCAGCUGCAAAAUGGCAUACUACGGCACAUCUAUACUUUAAUGGGCGGUGAAGCAUUUACGCUAUUGGAAGACAUUUCACAAAAAACGUGUUCUGAGAAAAUUGAAGCAUACGUGCGAAUACUUCUCGGCCGUGUAGCACAUUCAGGGCAGUACGCACGGACGCUCAUGGAAUAUGCAGUAGCACGCAUCAAUUACAUGCUUAAUUAUAAGGGUUACGAUGGGCGGCAGUUACGCUCACAGAUUGUGCUACUACGUGCUGCGUUAGGACAUGCACAAUUACAACAAGCAGUUCUGCAGAAACUCUCAAAACAAACAGUAGUCGUUCAUCAGUUAGGCUCAUCCCUUGCAAAUAUCACUUCGGACUUGAGAUGUGCCGCGAUUAUCAAUGAAUAUUUGGACUCCGCGAUCCUCGACGAUUUUGAAACGAAAAAUAUUUGUAACACGUACCUUCUGAAUUCUGAUUCUUUAAUAAGUAUGUUAUAA